AUGUUGUACACCAAGUUGGGCAGCCCGUUUCGGCUCGUACGACCAACAGCGGCCGCUCGACAGCUCUCGACGUUGUCAAACAGAUCAGCUAUCCGAGCUCGUAUUGUAUUAACUGCCGUAUCGGCGAAUCUGCUUCAAGCUACUUCGUCUUCUCUCCAAUCUGCGCGAUGGGCGCCUUUGGAUCGCCACCCGGGCUUGUCACAGGCAUUCCGAGGCCUUUCGCAAUCCACUAAGGCCACAGAAGCAGCCACUGCCGCUGCUACAUCCACAAAAGAACCCUUCGAACUAGAGAAUGUUGCGGCUACAGACAGCAGUGAAAGCGAAAUCUCUCAACAAAGUACCAAACGGAUCAAGGACGAGACGUUUGCAUCUCUCAAAGGCUCAGUCAACCCUUCCAUUCUUAAGGCUUUGACCGUCAAGCCAUUCGCCUAUACCAACAUGUCAGCAGUACAACAAAGCGUCCUUCACCUCCUUCCCGAGAUUGCGGAUAGCGUUGGAGAGUCUGCUGCACCAAUGCCCGACGGACAGGGCAGGGACAUGCUCGUCAAGGCAAAGACUGGUACCGGUAAAACUAUUGCCUUCCUUGUACCUGCUCUUGAAGCUCGUUUGCGAUCCAUCGAGGACGUCCGCAAAGGCAAGUUUCCCAAGCCGUGGUCAGAGAUGCUCGAGCGACACAGGCCUGGUCUCGAUGUGUCCUCGCUCCAGAAGAAGGAGCUCGAUGAGAUUGUCAAGCAGUUUGUCAACAACACCGUGGGUGCCCUCGUCCUUUCACCAACUCGAGAACUGGCCACUCAGAUUGCCGACGAGGCGAAAAAGCUGCUCUCCCACAAGCCUGAAUUGAAGGUGCAGCUCCUCGUCGGUGGCGCAAGCCGAAACUUUCAGAUCAAUGACUGGAGGCGGUCAAGACCUGACGUGGUCGUCGCUACUCCUGGUCGUAUCCUUGACCUGCUCAACGAUGUCGGCAUGAUUCGGGAAGCCAUGACGGCUUGCCGUACGCUUAUUCUCGACGAGGCCGACACGCUUCUCGAAAUGGGUUUCCGCGACGACUUGCAGGCCAUCAUGCGCCACCUGCCCGCCAAAGUUGACCGCCAGAACAUGCUCUUCAGUGCGACCGUCAGCCCCGAAAUCCGCGCCAUCGCUCGUGCCAGUUUGCAAAAGGAUCACCGCUUCAUCGACUGCGUUCCUGCCGGCGAAGAGAACGUUCACAAGCACAUUCCUCAGUACGCUACUGUUCUAGAAUCAGCAGAAGAGCAGAUCCCUCACGUUGUGCGUCUCAUCGCCCACGAUCAGCUCAUCAAUCCCGGAAAAUCAAAGACCAUCGUCUUUGCACCUACUACAAAGAUGACUGAGCUGUUAGCCGACGUGAUUCGUGGCGUCCAGCGCCAUUUGCCCGCCUCAACAGGCUCGAAUGUUUAUGAGAUCCACAGCAAAAAGGACCAGCGGGCGCGUUUCAACACCAGUGAUCGUUUUCGCAAGGACCAGAGUGGCGCCAGCGUCCUCGUCACCAGCGACGUCAGUGCUCGUGGUGUAGACUACCCCGGUACCACCCGUGUUAUCCAGGUCGGCAUCCCCAGCAGCAAGGACCAGUACAUCCACCGUAUCGGCCGAACGGGUCGUGCCGGCGCUCAAGGACGAUCCGACAUUGUGCUCCAGAACUUCGAACGUGGCUUCCUCUACUAUCAGUUGGACGAUCUCCCUGUCACCCAGCUGCAUGUCGACGAUCUCGUACAAGAGGUUGAGACGCUAUCGAAGCGCUUCGAUGAGGCUCCCGAGGAGUUCGCAGUUCCAGAGGAGCUUGUUAAGGCGGCAAAGGCCAAAGCCAAGGGCUAUGUGGUCAAGAAGGGCGUCCGUGGACGUGACGAGGUAGUCCGUGCAGCUAAGCCUCCUGCCCAGAUUUGUGGACCUCUCACCGGCAAAUACAGCACCAAGACGCUUAUGCCGCUUAUCGAGGAUUCUCUUCAGUCGCUUGAGGAAGAGGACGCCGUACGUGAGACCUUUAAUUCGCUGCUCGGCUUCUACCUCGGCAAGGGCGACGAGCUGCGCACCAGCAAGAUGUCGGUGCUUGAGGGCGUCAAGCAAUGGUCGGUCGAAGCUGGCAGGCUGGAACAACCACCUUAUCUCAGCGAUGCCUUCAUGCAGAAGCUCGGCAUCUCGCUCCGUGACCGCAACGGAGGCAGCGGCUUCUCUCGUCGACAUGGCGGAGGCGGUAAUUCGCGCUCAUUCGGGCGCGGCCGUUUUAGCAAGGACGAAGACGCCGGCGGCAGCGGAGGUCGCUUCGCUAUCGAUGGACGUGGGCGAACCGGUUCACGAUCGAGCGGUGGACGGGGCAGCAGCUGGGGAAGCGGUCGCGAUGCUCGUGAGAGCCGUUUCAGCCGCGACAGCAGCUCCAGCAAGUGGUGA